UAAAGCUGAAAAUUACAUUAUUCGCUCCUGCUCUGACCCAUUUGGGAGUCAAUUUAAGCGCCACAUGAACACACUCAGGCUGCAGACCAUCAAGGGCCAGAUCCUACUGCACUGUAAGUCUGCUAUCUUUCUUCUAGAACACAGCAAUGGCAGUUCCACCCAGUCCACUGACCACCCAUGUGCUGAAUAUUGUCACUGGAAUCCCCGUGGCAGAUAUGGCUCUCAGUCUGUACGGACAGGACGCCUCAACCAAAGUCUGGAAUUUGAUCACUACUGGUGUGACCAACAGUGAAGGCCGUUGCCCAGGACUCAUCACUAAAGAAAUGUUUCAGCCUGGUAUGUACAAGAUCCGCUUUGAAACAGAGCUGUACUGGGAGAGUUUGGGGGAGACCAGCUUUUAUCCCUAUGUUGAGUAUGUGUUCGCCGUCGGUGAUGCAGAACAACAGUACCAUCUUCCUCUUCUUCUGAGUAGAUUCUCAUACACCACAUACAGAGGAAAUGAGGCAUCGUGACCAUUCACAUCCUCCUGUUAAAGAGCAUCAUCAGACCUCUGUCAAGGAAGUCUAAAACAUUUAUGAUGUUCAAAAUGUUCUCCCUUUUGCUUUGCAAAUUGUAAAUCCUGUUUGGUCGCGAGCGCUCAAACAAGAUCCCUAGAAAAAAAAAUGUUUUAAAUUAAUAACUGUCAUUUCAUAUUUGCGGAAAUUGGCGCCACAACC